GACAUGGCCGGAAGCGAGACACGCAGAGGAGGCGGCUCUCCUCAGCCGCACUACAGCGACUGGGGCCGCUGGGAGGCGGCCAUCCUCAGCGGCUGGAGGAGUUUCUGGCAGUCGGUGGGCAAGGAGCGCGCGGCGCGGAGCGCCUCCCGAGAGGAGGCGGAGGGGGAGCCCAGCCCCCUGACGCGGCUGCCGGUUGACGUACAGCUCUAUGUCUUGUCCUUUCUUUCGCCUCACGAUCUGUGUCAGUUGGGAAGUACGAGUCACUACUGGAAUGAAACCGUGCGGGACCCGCUUCUGUGGCGGUAUUUUCUGUUGCGCGAUCUUCCUUCCUGGUCUUCUGUUGACUGGAAGUCUCUUCCAGAUCUAGAAAUCCUAAAAAAACCUGUCGCUGAAGUCAGCGGCGGUGCAUUUUUUGACUACAUGGCAGUGUAUAAAAUGUGCUGUCCAUACACAAGACGAUCCUUGAAAUCUAGCCGCCCUAUGUAUGGAGCAGUUACCUCAUUUUUACACUCACUGAUCAUUCAGAAUGAACCACGAUUUGCUAUGUUUGGACCAGGCUUGGAGGAACUGAAUACAUCUUUGGUGUUGAGCCUGAUGUCUUCUGAGGAACUUUGCCCAACAGCUGGUUUGCCUCAGAGGCAAAUUGAUGGUAUUGGGUCAGGAGUCAAUUUUCAGUUGAACAACCAACAUAAAUUCAAUAUCCUGAUACUAUAUUCAACUACCAGAAAGGAAAGAGAUAGAGCAAGAGAAGAGCAUACGAGUGCAGUUAACAAGAUGUUCAGUCUGCAGAAUGAAGGGGAUGAUCAACAAGGAAGCCGAUACAGUGUCAUUCCACAGAUUCAGAAGGUGUGUGAAGUUGUUGAUGGGUUCAUCUAUGUUGCAAAUGCUGAAGCUCAGAAAAGACAUGAAUGGCAAGAUGAAUAUUCUCGAAUUAUGGCAAUGACAGAUCCAGCUUUUGGAUCUUCAGGAAGACCGAUGCUGGUUUUAUCUUGUAUUUCUCAAGCAAAUGUAAAAAGAAUGCCCUGUUUUUAUUUGGCGCAUGAACUCCGUCUGAAUCAUCUAAACCACCCAUGGAUGGUAAGGUCCUCUCUUUUUUGGAGCCCUGGAAACUGGACGACAAUUUAAAAGCUACAAAUAAAGGUGUACCUUCCUGAGACAUGGGAAUUUUAGCUUGCCAUCCAUCAGGAGUGGCAGUCUUAAUGACACAUUUUUGCAACAAGAUGUCACAGUUAUCAGUUGACUAGCUGAGUUAAUUAAAAAAAUGUUUUAGUUUUCAAGGUAUACCUUUUGGAGGAAUUUUUUUCUAAUAUAUACAAACAAGUCAUGGAAAUGGUAAAUUUUCCCAUCCCCAAGGAUAAGUAAUAAGCCUCAUGUUGGUAAUAGUUAUAGGAUAGGAGAUCAUAUACAUAUAUAUCUAUUAAUCCUCACUCGAGAACAUUUUUCCAUUGCUUUUAGAGGGGGGAAGGGGAGAGAGGGGAACAUCGACUUGAUUGCUUUCUUGUAUGGCCCCUACUGGGAAUUGAACCCACAAUCUGGGUAUGUGCCCUGACCAGGGAAAGGAACCCACAACCCUUUGGUCUACAGGGUGAUGCUCCAACCAACUGAGCCAUAUCCGAUCAUGGUUUUUAUCUCAGCUCUCUAGAAUAUAAAACUUGAGUGACUCAUGGGAUUUUUUUAGUCUUUUGGGGAGUUUUUUUGGUCUUCUUGAAAAAUGCCCCUCAUAAUCAUAACAUUUUGGACUCAGUUUCUUACUGAUAAUGGUC